AUGGCGAAAGGAGCCCCUCAUAUCUUAAUUGUAGGUGGUGGCCUGGGCGGCUUGCUUCUCAGCCAGACACUGCGUAAGAACAAGAUUUCUUUCGAGGUUUUCGAGCGCGAUUGCAGUGACAAUAUUCGAGUUCAGGGAUGGGCUAUCGGUCUUCACACCAUGCUCGAUGAGCUUGAUACAUCUAUCCCCGAUGACAUGCCAUCGCGCGACUUUGUAAACCAUCUGCUACCCCUGAAAUAUAACUACGAGUGCGCAUGGUAUAGACACGACCGCACCAGGAAACUUGGAGUACGUGACGACGGUAGUGGGAAAUUUAUCCGUGCGAACCGCGCUCGACUUAGGAAGUGGUUGGCAACGAACGUGCCGAUUCGAUAUGGGAAGCAUGCUGUACGCAUUGAAGAGCAUGAUGAUUUAGUAACGGUACACUUCGAAGAUGGGACUUCAGCUACCGGAGAUAUUCUUAUUGGAGCGGACGGCCCUUAUAGCCCUACUAGGAAAUACCUCCUGGGUGGACAGGAUGUCAUCCGACAUCCACGCCAAGGGAUAAUAAACGGAGAGGUCAUCCUACAUGGACGCGACAUGGAGCAGCAACUCCAGAUGGGAGCUUCUUGCUAUCUAGUCGAUGCUAGUUUAACCGAUGAAUCUCCUUCGUUCUUGUUCGUCGGUCUAAGCGAGGUGUUUCCCGAUGGGAAGUCUGGCAGGUAUUUCUUUAAUCUGUUCUGGCGCGACGAGGCGGCGACGAGGAAGGGCUUUUGGACGUACUCAGCCAGCAGCGAGAAGUUAUACGAGACAGCGCUGGAGAAAACAAAGCAUCUGCCGCCAAAAUUCAGAUCUAUCAUAGAGAAAACAGGACCUGAAGGAAUGAAGAAUCCGCCGUUGCGAUUCUAUACGUUGAUUAUGGACCCAGACUUAUUACCUAAGGGAAGGAUUACGUUACUCGGGGAUGCUGCGCAUUGUAUGCCGUCGUUUCGAGGAGAAGGAGGUUUCCACGCCUUGCUAGAUGCGCUCGAGCUUGGGAAGGUCUUAGCGGGACUAAGGACAAAUAGUACUGACGAGAUUAAAAGGGCACUUGGGGACUAUCAAGAUGAAAUGCUCGAUAGGGGAUCGAAGGCCGCGGCGUGGUCAACUAUUGCGUUUGACGAGGCCUGGAGUGGUGACGAUGCUGGACCUCGUAUCAUCUGGGGUUUGCCUGUAGUUCCUUUACCCGACGAGAAGAUCACUCUAUGA